GUUGUUCUACAUUAGAGGCUCAAACUAAAUGUAGGCUAUUAUAUAAUACAUGUUAGCUACUUCUUCGUUUUUAACUAGUCUCGUAGGCUGUGGUCCGGAUGGGUCGUGUGAGGCUGAGGCUGACAACAUAGUUUACCUUUACCGUCAAUAUAAUCUAAAUAGUCUUCUGGCCUGCACCUAAUGUCGAUGACCCAAAAAUUGAGGGAUGUGAACCAAUACGUGUUUUAUAGGUUAACGGAAAACGGAUAGCACCAGUUCAUUAAAAGGAAUUCCAGGUAGGGCUUUGUUUGCCUUGUCUGUUUACGGCAAUCGAUUUUUUUUCAACAUAGUCGCCACUCCCAAUUCAACUCUUGGUUUGGAUUUAGGGCCAGAUUAUGCUCCCUUUAUUCCGCUCAUCGGUGGGCAGCGUCACUGAGCCUCAGGGCCAUCGGGCAUUUGAAGGAUAGGAGUUAAUGCUAUGGGUCUGAGCACUCUGACAGCAUGUUUUCAUCAUUUAAAGGACAUCCAUUUGUUUUUCUUCUUUGGUUUCUUGUGUUUGUUACCUUACUUACAGUUGGAUUCUUUAUCAAGUUGCUGUCCAACUGGGGAUGGAAAUAUGUUCUUUUCUAUGAUGGUAGGACAGUGCUUUACAGUUUAGGCUACAUUUUACUCAUCCAUGGUUUUGGAUUCAUGGAUGGUAUCACUGUAAUGUCUGACAUUGCACACAUGUUUAAAUGAGGAAUUUACUGGUUGUAUAGGAGUGGAAAGACUCAGAUCAUUCUGUGAUUAGUGUGGGGAAAUACCUAAUUCAUUCUCAUAAUUUCUCAUACUGCAGUCAAAGAGGUCAGGGUCAGCAGACACAAACAGACAGGUAGCAUACUACAUUUGAUAUAGCCUAUAAAGUUGUUUUUUUAUAUUCAAAUAUGUAUAGAUCUAUCUAUCUAAAGCAUACAGAACAAAUGUCAGUAUGUCUAAUAAAGUCAUAGUUGUGCAUGUAUCUUUUCAUUUAAACUCAAUGUUAAUCAAAUCAAAUCAAACUUUAUUUAUACAUAAAAUGAAAUAAAACUGCAGUUGACGCAUUGAAAACAGUGAUGUGUAAAUAACAAUCUACGUUGCUGGUGACAUGUAUUAAAUAUUAUUUAUGGUCACCGAUCAUGCCAGUACUGACAGUAUACACAGGAUGCUCUUUCAAUGCUGAAAAUCGCAGCACAUCGCAAGUUUAUCUUUUUUCCCAUCAGCUAUGUACAUAGGUUGCUAUACAGGGAGUUUAUCAGAGCACAUGCUACAGAACACAUCUUUUUUGGACUAUGGCAGUAUGACUGUCCUCCAAUGCCAAGCCAGCUGUGCUGAGAGGUAAAACAUUGCUUGAAUAUAUCACACCCACUACAUCAUAUUUAACACUAAAAUAAACAGUGAAACUUCAUGUACACCCCCUGCUUUGAAAAACUCUCUUCCAUUGAUGACUUUAAAGAGCACUUUAUACUCACUCUUUAAUGUCAAUUUAUUGCUGUGUUAUUUAUGAGAAACGUGAUGGCAUUUUCCAAUUAUCACUAUUCAACACUUUUCAGUCAGAAUAAUAGACCCUUUCAUCAUUUAGGGGCUAUCAGUAUGCAGGGCAUGUCUUUGGUAGGGGAUGCUAUUGUGGCCAUAACAUCCAGACACCAAACAGUAUACAGAGUAACUGCCAUGACUGCAGUGGAGAGCCAGCCAGUACCUGUACAGAAACUAAUCGACUGAUCAUCUACCAUCUGGAACUGAGUCAAGAUUCAGCUUACAACUGUGAACUGUUUAAGAAAUCAAUAUUGAAAUAACUAUUAAGUAAUAAGUAUUGUUAAUUAAACAAUGUAAUUUACUUACCCAUACGUCUCUACUCUCCCAGAUAAAAACACAAAUUUUAAAGGCUGCUUUAAGACACCAGACAAUGCAACCAAGGCAUUUCCACUGAUAGCCUUCAUGCCUGCAAUGACUGUAGGCAAAUGUGUAGACUUUUGCACUGAAAAGAAACUUUCCCUGGCAGUUUUGGCAGGCCAGCGAUGUCUGUGUGGAUUCUCCACCAAGCACUUUCCCCUGCAUGUGCGGGAGAACAUUACAAGGUGUCUUUAUCACUGUCCUGGACAGCCACAUGAGAACUGUGGAACAGAUAUAUACAAUGUGGUGUAUCAGACCGAGGUGCAAGACAAUCGCUGUAUGAACAGAAGUUUCCUCCUUGAUCAGCCAAAGCAGCUUAUAGCCUUAGCGAGCUUCCCUGGGUCCGGAAACACUUGGGCUCGUCACCUUAUUGAACUCGGAACUGGGUUCUACACUGGAAGCUACUAUUUUGACAGAUCCCUCUUUGACAAAGGAUUCAAAGGGGAGAAAGAUGACUGGAGGAGUGGGAGAAAUAUCUGCAUUAAAACCCACGAGAGCAGCAAAAAGGAAAUCGAGGCAUUUGACUCAAGCAUCCUUCUGAUCCGAAACCCCUACAGAACCCUCAUGGCAGAGUUCAACCGCAAAUAUGGUGGCCAUGUUGGAUUUGCACCCAUGCUUUUGUGGAAAGGAAAAACAUGGCCUAAGUUUGUGGAAGUGUAUUCAGAGAUGUGGGCCUCACACACAUUAGCCUGGCUGAGUUACAGUGGGCCGCUACAUGUGGUGCAUUAUGAGGAGCUGAGGAGGGACAUCUUCAUUCACCUGAGAGGCCUUGUGCUCUUCCUGGGAUUGCGGCUGUCUGUGGACCGCCUGCUUUGUGCGGAGAACCAGAGGGAGGGCAGGUUCAGGCGCUCAGGCCUGCACAGGCUGGGAUAUGACCCCUUCACUGAAGACAUGCGGACAAGCAUUGAUUACCACAUCAAGAAAGUGGACAUUGCUCUCAGAGCAAAGACUUUUUCUGGGGUGCCUGAUGAGUACCACCUCAGGCAAAUAUAAAUGCUUGAAACAGUUUUGUUUUCCUUGUGUAUACAUUAUAUUUUCCCUUUCUUAAUUGUCAAACCACACACCACGUUGUCAAUAAACUUAAGCAAUUG